AUGCUAGGUCGCUCGACUACUGAGGCCAUUCACCUCGUAAGGAGACUAGUGGAGCAAUUUUGGGAGAGGAAGAAGGACUUGCAUAUGGUGUUGAUUGAUCUUGAGAAGACGUAUGACAGAGUUUCUAGGGAGAUCCUGUGGAGGUGCUUGGUGGCUAGAGGGGUUCUUGUGGCGUACACUAGGUUCAUUCAGGACACGUAUGAUGGAUCCAAGACUCAUGUGACGGUAGGUGAAGAUUUGGAGCACUUUUCAAUUUUGACAGGGUUGCACCAGGGAUCGACUCUUAGCUUUUUUUUAUUUACCUUGCUGAUGGAUGUUUCGAUGCAACGUAUUCAAGAGGAGGUGCCUUGGUAUAUGUUAUUUGCGGAUGAUGUAGUACUGAUUGACGACAAUCGGGGAGGAGUUAAUGAUAAGUUGGAGAUUUAA